GAUUUUAUAUAACACUUUUCACACAUGUGAAUGUGAAAGCUUCUAUCUAUCUCGCCGUUGUCCUUCUUCUCUCCAUUUUUCUCUCUCCCUAAGUUAUUACCAUUAUUGUAAAUUUCAAGAACACAAAAGAGUUAAUCUUCCUCUCCUCCCAGAAAAAUGCCUUUAAGCAACAAUGUAAUCGGUUGCAUAAACUUCAUCUCCGUCCUCCUCUCUAUUCCAGUCAUCGGCGCCGGGAUCUGGCUCACCACCGGAGCAGUAAACUCCUGCGUCAAGCUCCUUCAAUGGCCAGUUAUAAUCCUCGGAAUCUUGAUCCUCCUUGUGGGUCUUGCUGGUUUCAUAGGAGGGUUCUGGAGAAUCACUUGGCUUCUCGUUGUUUACUUAAUUGCCAUGCUUGCUCUCAUCGUACUUUUAGGUAUUCUUGUCGGAUUUAUUUACAUGGUCACCAUUAAAGGAGGCUCAGGUCAUCCGGAACCAAGCCGAGCUUAUCUUGAGUAUAGUCUUCAAGAUUUCUCUGGUUACUUACGUCGACGAGUUCAGAGAUCUUACAAAUGGGAUAGGAUCCGUACUUGUUUGAGCACUACUACUAUUUGUUCUGAACUGAAUCAGACAUUCUCUACGGCUCUAGAUUUCUUCAAUGCUCAUCUUACUCCCAUUCAAUCGGGUUGCUGCAAGCCCCCAACAAAAUGUGGAUUCACAUUCGUGAACCCUACGUACUGGAUAAGUCCCAUAGAUAUGUCUGCAGAUAUGGAUUGUCUACAGUGGAGCAAUGACCAAAACGCUUUGUGCUACGCUUGUGAUUCUUGCAAAGCCGGUUUGCUCGCAAAUCUUAAGGUAGAUUGGCUAAAAGCCGAUCUCUUUCUCCUUUUGGCGCUCAUCGGGUUGAUAAUCGUUUAUAUAAUCGGCUGUUGCGCGUUUCGAAACGCGAAAACUGAAGAUAUUUUCAGGAAAUAUAGGCAGGGUUAUACAUGAUCGGGUUGAGAAGUUUGGUGGCAAAACUGAGAAGAAUGUUUCUUUAAAUUAUUGGGUUCCUAAGUUUUUAGUUUCUUUAUGUUUCGGCCUUUGUAGUUUUAUCUUUUAUAUGUACGCAUGACCAGAACGUUUGGUGUAACUGGAAGAAUGUUUGGUGUAUC